AUGGAGACUGAUACCGCUAUGGAGACUGAUAACGCUGCGGACACUAGCACUGCUGCGGAGACAGAUACCGCUGUUCCAACCGCUGAUAAGUUUGUUGAACAGCCACCAGCCAUAAAAUCGACUAAGUAUAUAGAGGAAUGGGGUGAUUGUUUGAGUCUGUGUAAGCAUGACGAAUUCCCAAGUAAGAGUGCUAGCUGUAAACGGGGAUUACGAGCUGCAAAGAUUCCACAGACAUACAUUUUUUCGAUUAGGAGCUACAUGAAUAAGCAUACAUGCUCUCGGACUAGUCAAAGUGACAGCAACGAUAAGCGAAAAGGGUCACCAGAACUAGUGUCAUCCUUUUUGAAUGAGGAAUUCUCGGGAGGCUUGGAAACUCCAAGUCCAAAGGUUAUUAAGGGUAUUGUUAAGUUCAAACAUGGGGUAAUGAUAUCAUACUCGACAGCCUUGCGCGGAAAGAAUUUGGCGGUUUGUGAUCAACAUGGUAAUCCAGAAGAUAGCUACAAGAUGAUGUAUAGCUAUUUGUACAUGUUAAAGCAAGUGAAUCCGGGAACAACAACCGAUGUGAAAUUGGAUGAGGCAGGUAAAUUCAAAUACCUCUUCAUAGCCUUGGGAGUUUGCAUAGAGGUUUUUGCAGUCAUGAGGAAAGUGAUAGUCGUGGAUGCGACAUGGCUGAAGAACGGAUAUGGCGGUGUUCUAGUUUUUGCCAAAGCUCAAGAUCCAAAUCGCCACCAUUAUCCACUAGCGUUGGCAGUACUAGAUGGAGAGAAUCAUGCUAGCUGGACUUGGUUUUUCGAGAUGCUUAAGAGAGCUAUACUAUACUCUUCUGAACUGGUUUUCAUGACUGACAGAAAUCAAAGCCUUGUCUUUGUAGUAGCAAACGUGUAUCCACAGGCUCACCAUGGCCAUUUUUUAUGGCAUUUGAAGGAAAAUGUGAAAGUGCAUGCUUGUAACGUCAACAAAGAUGUAGUUGUGCAUAGAUUCAUGGAAUUGAGUAGAUAUUACACCAUGGCUGACUUCGACCCUGCCUACGAAUCGUUUAAGAGAAGAUAUCCUUCGGUUUGGAAAUAUGUGGUGGAGCAUACUCAAAAACACAAAUGGGCAAGAGUUUUUUUUCCACGUGACAGGUACAACUGGAACACAAGCAACAGUGUAGAAUCAAUGAACAACAUGUUUAGAGAGGCAAGGAGGUGGGCUUUAAUACCAAUGUUGGAAUGUAUCAUCAAGACAUUCUCUGAUUAG